AUGGCGUGUCGGGCGAUGGGCCAACAGUGCCCAACCCGCACGGUGGUGCAUGGGAGCACGCGGCUGCCUGGCCGAACAUCCCAGCUGCUGCAGCCGCGGCGGGCAGUGGCGCAGGGGGGGGGGGGGAGUGGGAGUCGUAGUGGUGUUGACAUGCGCGUGUUCAUGAGUCCAAGGGUGUCGCAGGACGAGUUACACAAUGCUCUCGUGGAGUUGUUUGCUUAUGCGGAUCUUCCGUUUCGUCUUGUCGACCGAGCUUCGUUCCGUCGAUUUGUCGCCUUGCUGAAUCCAUCGGCCAAGGAUUUGCUGGGGUCACGUUACCGUUUGGCACGGGACAUGCAAGCAUUCAGUGAGGUGGCUCGAGAGGAGCUGAGGCAAGAGAUCUUUGGCGACGGUCUCACGGGGAGGGUGUCCCUUAGCUUGGACAUCUGGACCAGUGAGAACCAUACAGCUUUCAUGUGUGUGACCGUCCACUGGAUCACUAGUGACUUCAGGCUACGUUCGGGGAUUUUGGAUUUCGUGCAGUUGGAGGGUUCGCACACAGGGUCUCUCAUAGCACAGACCCUCGAGCGCAUCUUGACCGAGGCUGGCCUGCAGGAUGUAGUGUUUGCUGUGACGACGGACAAUGCGGAGAACAACAACAAGGCGAUGCGCCUUCUGUCGGGGGACCCAGCAGAGGGGCCAGGGGCCUGGACAGCUAAUUCACUGCUCGACAUUGCGCGUCACGUUCGCUGUCUUGCACAUGUCAUGAACAUUGCAGUGCAGGAGGCAUUGAAGUUGGACGAUGUGAAGGAGGCGUUGAAACGCCUACGGGAUGCGUGUUCGUACAUUGGAUGGUCGGUCCAGCGCUCAGAGGCUUUUGUCAGUCUGCAGCGCAGGUUGGCAGGCAGAGACAACGCGAAGGUGCUACGUCUGAUCUCCGACUCGCCUACACGUUGGGGCUCCACUUACGAGAUGAUCUGCCGUGCCUUGGAGCUGCAGCAGGCACUGACGGUGUUUUCCAGCCGGACUGACGUGAGUGAUAGGCUCCAGUAG